AUGUCCAUUUCAGCAUACGCUCCGAUCAACCAAUUCAGCAGGGACGACCCACCAUCACCUCCUAAGCCACCGCCAAACAGCCCUAAGAACAAGGCUCUUGAUCGUUCCCAAUCGCUAACUAAUUCGUUCAACUACGUCACGGAAGAUACCACAACUGAACUUGAGGGUGAGGGCUAUCCGUCUCCUUCGCCAGUGGGCCCUUCCCUCUUGCCCCAUGCAAAGCCGAUAGAGAAUCUUGAGGCCGUGGACGCCUUUCUCAAGGCUAUGGAACUCCAGCCUGGGUGCAAUUAUUCAUCACCCCUUCCGUCUCCUUCGCCCAGCGUGAGAUCUGAAGAACUCUUCAGCGCUAUCGAUCAACUAUUGAAGGUCAUCCGUCUCAAGCUUGGCGGUAAAGACCACCUGUCUCCAGCUUAUUCUAGAACGCCUCCUUCGCCUAGUACGGGGCCUUGUGAUUGUGUCGAAGGCGAAGGGUUAUCGCGUCUCUUACCUGCUCUGGCGCCACUGCCACCACAUCCCGUUUUGCGAGAUUACACCAUUGAUACGCAGCGGCUUCAACGCGGAGACUCGCCACCUCCGCCUCCACCACCGUCUCCUAAGGCCAGGCCUCAAGAUGGCGAAGGUUCGUCCUCCCCUUGUCCGUCUGGUCCCCCUUCGUCUCCUUGCAACAAGCUUGGACGCUCGCCGUCGCCGCCGCCCCCCCCUCCUCCCUCGCCUAAAUCAAAGCCGGGUGAUGACAUUGACGGCAGAGACUCGCCAUCCCCGCCACCAUCCAACCCGCCCCCGUCUCCUCGCAACCACAAGUUUGGACGCGGAGAUUUCCCUCCACCACCUCCUCCUCCUUCCCCCAAAGCAAAGCCAGACGAGAAUUUGGACAAUGAUUUUGGACGUGGAGACUCGCCCCCACCUCCUCCACCUCCAUCUCCUAAGGCUAGAUCAGAAGGGGAUCUGGAUCCUUACACACCGCCCCCUUCCCCGCCCAAGCCUCCGAGUCCUCCUCUGGCUCCUUCCCUUCAUAAAGAUGGGUUGUUGGUGGUUUACGCUUGA